GUGAAAGGAGUGUGUAGUGUGGAAGUAAAAUGUUAUUCAUUUGUCGACUAAUUUUGUUAGCAAUUUUCGUAUCCGUGGAAGGAUUAUUUUUACUUGAAGACAAGGAGCCGUUUUUCUUCUGCUUGAAAAUCUGCCCACUUUACUGUCCCACGAAGCGCAAUGACGAGGAUGCUUCAUCUCUAAUCUACACGGACGAUGAGCUGCCUCCUUUCAUAUACGACCACGAGCCUGAAAUAUAUUACCCAUAUCGUCACGGUCAUUCUUACUUCUGCGAGUUGCCGCCAAAACCGACCACUACCACCACGACAACCGUAAAGCCUACCACUCAAGAACCGACGUUUAUCUGUCAGUUGUGCAUGAAGAAGUGUAAUAAAAAGUCGAGUAAAUAAGUCAAUGAAUAUGUUAAGUAUGUAGUUAGGUAUGGAAUUGUUUUAAAGAGUGUGUUGCAUUGAGUCGAUACUUGAUUUUCAAACUAGAUUUUUAAUCGGAAAAAUUUAGAGAUAUAAUAUUAUAUUUAAUUAAAAGAAAUUGCGCACAAUAUCUGUUUGGUCACGCUAUGUACCAGUAGAUAUGUCAAAAAAUAAACGCAGUAUUAUAAAAUCGUUGUAGGUACGCAUAACUUUGAAAGUUCGAAAAUUUUCCGGAUUUUCCAUUCACUUUCAGACAAUUAAGGAAGUGAAAGGAACAUUAUUUUGCGGGAUAUUACAAUGACGAACUACGCAUUGUUCCUAUCUAAAGAUUUAGGGCCCAUUGUCAUUGGGAUGUAAUAAUUCUCUUUUCAUACUAAAACGCACUGUCCAUCAUUGUUAUAGCAAAAUUGAUUUUAAUUUAUAUUCUAUGACGUAUUAUUAUUCUGUGACGUAUUUUUUUAUUAUAGUGCUAGAUAAGAUACACUUCAUUCAGCCAUUGGUGUUUUCCUUACAACUACCACUUAGAAUUUUAAGUAUUUUAGUUUACUCAUUUCUUAUCAAAUGUGCGGUAUAAAAUACGUAAUUCGUUUUAUUUUGACUGUAUUUAUGUUUGUUCUUGGUUAUCUCAAUAGAUACCAAAUUAAUUAGGCUUAUAUCACUUAUAUUCUACAAAGACUUUGUAAAAGAAUUUGCUGCUGCUUGCUUUGUUUUCUUGAUGCUUUAAGUAUGUUCGAAAAUAUUAAAUUACUGCUAAGUGCACGUGCUUUCGAUAUACUGUUAUACAUUAAGGUUUUGAAUUAAAUUCUAGGUAUAAUUAAAAUAAAAAUAAUUUCCUUUUUUUCGCUUCUAUAUUUUAUUCAGUAUUAG